AUGGCCUCCUCCUCCGGCAACCCCGUAACCCGGCGUCUCCUCAAAGAGCUCUCCGCCUACCGCUCCGAACCCAACCCCUGCCUCGAGUCGCUCGAGCCCGUCUCCGAGGACGACCUCCUGCACUGGCAGGCGCUCCUUAAGGGUGUCGAGAACACGCCCUAUGAGGGCGGCAAAUGGAAGAUCGAUAUAAAGAUCCCGGCGAACUACCCGCAUGCGCCCCCGGUCAUGACGUUUCUGACGGGGAUUUGCCAUCCGAAUGUGCAUUUGAAGACGGGCGAGAUAUGCCUCGACCUGCUAAAGGGAGCCUGGUCGCCCGCCUACACCAUCAGCACGACGCUCACGGCGAUCCACCAGCUGCUGCAGAGCCCCGAGCCGGACUCGCCGCUGAAUGUGGAUGCGGCGUCGGUGCUGCGGACGGGGGACAACGUGGGGUAUGAGAGCCUGGUGAGGCUGUGGGCGGUCUUGCAUGCGGGGAAGCAGGGGAGCUUUAAUAUGGUGGGGUAG